AUGGAUCAUCAUCUUCCACAUCAUCAUCCACACCAUCAUCACAGUACUCCCCUGCACUGGGGCUACUCCACUGCGACGACGCCAAGUGCGACAUCGACGCCGACGCACACCGGUCACAACACGUGGACACCGCCAUCUUCCAAAGGCCACAAACGUACGCUCUCCGAGAGCGACUGUGAAGAUCUGUACUCGGAAGAAUCUUCCAAGGAGCAUACAUCACCAGGAGAAUCCGAUAGCUGUCAACUGUUGAGCCGCAAACGGAGGCGCGGAGUGAUUGAGAAGAAGCGCCGGGACCGGAUCAACUCGUCGCUGACCGAGCUGAAACGUCUCGUACCGAGCGCCUACGAAAAGCAAGGAUCGGCAAAGCUGGAAAAGGCCGAAAUUCUGCAACUAACCGUGGACCACCUGAAAGCACUGCAUGCGCGAGGACUUGACGAUGCCAGUUAUGAUCCGCAGCGCUUCGCCAUGGACUACCAUAUCAUUGGCUUCCGGGAAUGUGUGGCGGAAGUAGCCCGGUACCUCGUGACGAUCGAAGGCAUGGAUGUGCAGGACCCGCUUCGGUUACGUCUAAUGUCUCAUCUGCAGUGCUUCGCCACACAGCGGGAACUCUCGUCGAAAGCUAACGCCGCUGCAGCUACCAGUCCGGGUUGGUCCCAUGGAAGUGGCACUGCCUACCCCGUAGCGGCCGCAGCCGCUGCAGCAGCCGUCGCUUACCCGAGCACUCACCACGGCACCGGUGGCUAUUAUCCUCACCCGCAUCAAAACUACGGCCCACCUCAGAGUGCAACCGCACCGUACAUUCCACAGGUGGCCACUAUUCCUCCUCCACACGAACAUCUGCAACAGCAGCAGCAGCAGCAACAGCAGCACCAUCACCAACAGCAACAGUUGACCGGCCAUUCCUCUGGUGCCUCUUCGGCGGCUACUGCUGCCAUCUAUGCCACGAGUGCGCCAUUGCAUGAGCUGUACAGCAGCCAACACGAUUCGGCAACGGCCGGUCAACAGCAGCAACAAUCGGACCAGCAACAACCACAGCAGUCCGGUGCCAGCUCCUCGAACGGAGCGCCAACCUACACGGAUCUCUCGAACCACAAUCCGAACCGUGGUUUGUCCGCGUACGGUAAUCCCCAGUACCCGGUGAGCACCUCAACGCACGGAUACAGUGCGUCCGCGAGCUCGUCGUACAACACGGCAGCAAAGCCGUACCGUCCAUGGGGUGCAGAAAUGGCCUGCUGA